GCCCCAUAAGAAUUUCAUGCAAGUCGCAUCGGCUCGACUUUUUCAAGUGUCAAUUCUCAAUUCGACCGACCAUUUAAAUCUUUCGCCUAAGCUAAACAAAACAUAAAAACAAACUAUUCAAUCCUCUAGCUACAAUGGCAACAGCCGUCGUAACAGAAGCCGACCCAACGGCCGACCAAUCCCGAAAACGCAAAUCCCAAAUCGACGAAAUCGAAGUCGACCUCACACUUCCCGAACCACCCUCCAAAAAAGCAAAACGUCUGCUCAAAAAAGGCAAACCUCUCCCCGAGAAACCCAAAAGCGACGAUGAAGCAGAAUCUGAAGACGAACUUCCCAUACCCAAGGGAGCGAAGGGUGGAAAGGGAGAUAAAAAAUCGCAACGUUCGGAAUUUGGCGUUUGGAUUGGCAACCUGUCUUUUACGAUGACGAGGGUGGAAUUGUUUAAGUGGCUGGUUGAGAGUUCUGGGGGUGCGAUUAAGGAGGAGAAUAUUACGAGGGUGAAUUUGCCGAUUAGUAAGAACGCCCCGGCUAGAGGGUAUUAUAAUGGCGAUGAAGCGCCGAAGAAACAGAAUAAGGGCUUUGCGUAUGUCGAUUUUGAUGUGGAGGCUGCGUCUGUUGCUGCGCUCGCGCUUACGGAGACGGAACUUAACGGACGCAAGGUUCUGAUCAAGGAUUCGAAGUCUUUUGAGGGAAGGCCGAAGAAGGGCGCUUCUGAGGAUAGUUCGGCUGCUACGGGUUCUAAUGCGGCGGCGUUACCUGAGAAGAAGGAACAAGUGUCUACGAGUAGGAAGAUUUACGUGGGGAAUAUGUCCUUCCAGACCACCGAAGAUGAUUUACGCGCACAUUUCGAAAAGUGUGGCGAUAUCGAAUGGGUUAAGGUCGCGACGUUCGAGGAUAGCGGGAAGUGCAAGGGCUACGGAUGGGUCAAGUUCAAGGAGGCUGAAGCAGCUUCAUCGGCGGUUAAGGGAUUCGUCAAGAUUAAGGAGGAGAUUGAGACAGAAGAUGACUUCCGGGAUAAGGAUGGAGCAGAAGACGCCGAGGAAGGAGAAGGAGAUAAGGAGAGAAAGUUCAAGAUGAGGAAAUGGUGGGUCAACAGACUUAAGGGUCGCGAGUUAAAGAUCGAACUUGCAGAGGAUGAUCAGGUUCGGUAUAAGAAGAGAUUCGGCAAGGAUAGACCUGCGGCGGGAAAACCCCAAGGGAAGAGGAGAGAAAAUGGCCCUCGAAGACCAGAGAAUGGAAAGGAGAAUGGGGCAGCAUUCGGAGAGAAAGAGGGUUCUUCAAAAGCUGGCUAUGGAGAUACAGCUGUGGCGUCGUAUCUUACUGGUUCUGUUGUUAAGCCCCAGGGCAAGAAGAUUACAUUCGAUUAGAGCGGGAAGAAAUGAAAAACCCGGUCGCGCAUGAAUGUCGUUGUUCUGAUGUGACUAUGAAUUUGAGGGAGA